AUGGCUGAGGAUCCUGCUCUAAGUCUCCGGGUCGUGGAUAACGGACCGGCGGUUCUGUUCGAGCACUACAGCACCGACCAGAUCCGGCGGGUCGAGCGGAAAGUCCGCGGAGAGAUCGAGCAGAAGAAGGAGGGAUUACGGCAGAUGGUCGGGGAGCGGUAUCGGGACCUGAUCGACGCCGCUGACACCAUCUCCGAAAUGAGGCGCUGCUCCGAGAGCCUGGUCCGGUCCCUGCAGGACAUGCAACGCCACGGACCGGGACCGGGACUCAGGACGGCCGCGAGCUGCAAGGACCAGAGCCAGUGGCAGUGGAAGUUCUACACCAUGGCGUCACAAAUCCGGCUCCUGCUGGAGAUCCCGGAAAAGAUCUGGAGCGCUGUGGAGGCGUGUCAGUACCUGCAGGCCACCCGGCUCCACCUGCUGUGCUGUCGCCUCUACAGCCUGCUGCAGCUGGAAGCCUCCUCGGGACUCUACAGUCCCAUCCUGGCCCGCUUCCCCAUCCUGGUCCGGCAGGUGGCCACCACUGGACACUUCAGAUCCACCAUUCUUCUGGAGAGCCGGUCUCUGCUUCGGGGUCGGGCCAUGUCAGACCAGGCCAUUGCAGAGGCCCUUGUGUCCAUCAUGUUGCUGGAGGACAGCUCACCACGUCAAGCCCUGGCCGACUUCCUCCUCGCCAGGAAGGCCUCCAUCCACCAGCUGCUCAACCAGCCUCCACAGGGUGCCGGUAUCAAGGCACAGGUGUGCAGCCUGGUGGAACUGCUGGUGACCACCCUGUUCCAGGCCUACGCCGUCUUCUGCCUUCCUCCAGAGGGAAGCUCCAAGCCAGCGGAGGGAGGCCUAAGCUAUGGCAUGCUCUUUUCUAUACUGGAGAAUGUUACUUCUGCUGCGCCGGCAGCAGCAAAAGGCAGGAAGGUUUUACAGGAAGAGUCAAGUACAGGUGGCUGGUUCAAGCAUUUGCCCUCAGUGGUCACUGAGUUCCAGCCCGUCCUCCGCACCCUGGCUCAGCCAAUCCAGAGCGAGCAGCUCCGUGGCACGCUGCAGCAGUGGCUCACAACCUGUGAGGAUGUGUGUCGAGGUGUGGGUGGACUUCUGGUCUACGUGAAGACUCUGAAAGCCUUGGCAGCCAUCAGAGACGCUGUGUGGGACCUCUUGUCUGCUGAAUCCAUCAGGCAGCACUGGACCACAGUCUGUCACUGCUUGCUGGAGCGCCCCCUGGAUGUCUGGGAUGACUUCCUUCAGCAGCUCUUCCUUCAGCGCCUGCAGGCCAUCACCAAAGAAGAAUCUGAGGCGAUAUCAAGGACCUCAGUCCAACUCCUCAGUUCUGCUGUGAGGGACCUGGAGAACCAGCCUGUCCAUGCUUCAACCAGCUCCGGCCGCGGGGUGCAGUACGAGCUGGAUGUGGCCUCCUUCCUGUGGUCAGAGUCUCUAGGAGAUCUGCUGAGUGAUGCAGGUUGGGUAAAUGUGAACCAGCGGGGACAGGAGCAGAGGAGCGGUCUAGCCAUGAAGACCCAGGCCCUGACUCCCUAUGUGCAGAACUUCUGCUCCUCCCUGGAUUCCAAGUGGAAGGGCAGAUUGGAGGACCUGCAGCACUACCUUCCUUCCCAGGACACAGGGUUGGAGUCUGUAUCUGUUCCAGUCACCUCCUCUGGACCAGCUCAGAGCUCAUCGGCAUCAAAUAAGCAUUUCACCGACUCGCAGGCUGUGGAGCAGGCGUUAAGGGACAGCUGCUUGGCCUCUGUCCUUCACAUCCUGUCCUUCAUCCACACUGAAGUGGCCUCAACCUCGCCACACCCCAGCCCCACCCGCCUCGCUUCAGUCCUUUUUAUGGCCAGACUUUGUCAGUCCAUGAGUGACCUCUGCCCGAACCUGAAACAUUGCAUCAUGGGAAAACACAGUGGGUGUGACACUGUUGCCAAGGGGGCCCCCAGGCAGGGUCAGAAAUUGGGCAAAACUAGGACCAGCACAGAGAUCAGCCCCAAGCAGGCCAAAUGGGAGGGGCUUAAGGAGGAGCUUUUCAGGUGCAGCAUGGCGGCCUACAACAUCUGGAGUGCCGCCCUCUCCAAAGAGCUGCUGGAAGCGUUUGGCAUAGCACUUCACUCCCGGCGAGCCGGUGCCAUCCUCACAACAGCAACUAACUGGGAAGAUCUGGAGAUUCAGGAAGAGGCCGAGUCGGGCAGCAGGGUGACAUCCAAAAUUCGUCUUCCUGUCCAGCCAUCUUGGUUCGUCCAGUCCCUGUUGUUCCAGUUGUGUGUGGAGGUGAACAGGGUGGGAGGUCAUGCUGUACCCAGGGUCAUCCUGCAGGAGCUGCUUCAGUCCUGCCUGUAUCAGGCUUUGAACCACUACAACAGCCUCACACAACGGGCAGACAACAAGGAAGACGUCUUCCCUGUGACUCAGAACAGGGCUUUGCAGUUGUUAUUUGACCUGCGAUAUCUCAAUAGCACUUUGGGACCCCGAUUAGAGGAAGGCAAGAGCUCUCGAUCCUACCAAGACCCCAGGAUCCAGCAGAUCUGUGAUUGGUUGGAGAGCCUCAUUGACCCUUUUGACCUGGAUGUGUUCACACCCCUGCUGAAGGCCAACCUCAGCCGGCUGUCCCAGAGGACCUCAGUGCUCUUGGGGUUGCUGAUGGGCUCGGAGAGGCAGUUUGCUUUGCGGAGCAGCAGUGUGAACUCUCAGGAAACGUACAACAUCCUGCCACUGGCCAGCAGCCAGAUCAGGUUUGGGCUGCUGCCUCUCAGCAUGGUGAACACGCGCAGAUCCAAACCGGCCACACGGGGCAGCGAGGCGCCUCAGCAGCGGGGUCCCUCAGCAUCUGUGGCGCUUGACGAGCAGGACUCCCGGCCAGGCAGCCUGUUCAGACAGCUCGCCAAUCAGGACGAGGACAUGGCCCCGCCCUCUCUGUUCAAGCUCAGCUGGCUGUCUGGAAUGGCCAAAUGAGCCUUUUUUAGUCCAACUGCUUUGUCUCACAUGUACAGUAAACUCCCUUUGACUUGCAGACUUGUGUGUAUGUGGGUUAUUUUUUCUAUCCCAGCAUGCUGUGCACCCUCAUGGCCGACUGAAAACAGAGUGACGUGAUUAGUUCUCACCCUGAAGUAACGGGAACAACAAUGUGGGAGCACAGACGUCUCAAGAGUGACACUGGUGAAAACAUCACACAUCUUAUGCGCAUAAUUUUUAUGUGAUGGCCACAGCGAAGUUGGACACGAGAACCAGGAAGAUGCUCACCCCCCACAAAGUCACAUACAGAAAUCAGUGCAUGGACAGAAUAGAUCUCCCUCGCAGAGAAGGCGGUCUGGGUCUCACUGAAAUCAGCCAGGCCUACAGAGCAUCUAGAAUAAGUAUUGGACAGUACUUAAAGAGCUCUGAAGAAGAAAUCAUGAAAAAGGUCGCACAUCACGAGAAGACCUUAUCCGAACAGACCUCAAUCUCCAAACUGACAAAAAAAACUUUGGCAAAGAACUUCUACAAGAGGGAGAACGCAACAAUCUGACGCCUGCAACAAAACUCCCAAGACAGACCAGAGAACAAUACAG